GAUGUUGACCUGAAAGCAUUUCAGGAAGCUUUGGAUACCUGCUGUCUACACCAAGGACAUGAUCAGCUGGAACUGCAAGAGAAGGAGGAGGAGGAAGACAUAAAUCAAGUAAAUGCUGAAAAAAAUGGAAGAAGGGAAAACUGUGAAGAGGAAAGCAACCGUGACCAUGUAGGUUCCCUUCUCUCCUUAGAGGGCUAUUUACAGCUUCUAUCAUCGCAGAUGGAAAACAUGCUAGAGGGCUUAAUUGAAAAUACCAGCCCUAUCUCACAGACUACAGGUGGUUCAGCACAAGGUAACUUCCUAGGAGAAAUAAGGCAAGAAUUUCUUCUAUUACCUGAGCUCCCAGUGAGUUUACUGGAAGAUAUACAAGUUGCGACUUCUAGUAGAGGCCAAGACCCAUCAUCCUCGCACCACAAUAUAAGUUUGACCCAGACACUUCACCACUGUUUCAGUCCUUAUGAUGCCACGGUACUAAGAACAGACAACCCCACUCAAUCAAAUUCAGAAACAAGACAUUUACAAAGGCAACAGUCUUUUCCUCAGUCAAGCUCUAAUACCACAAAUCCAGAAUCACUACUUCAUGGGUCCAAUUUGACAGGGCUUUUUUCAGCUGCUGACAUUAGAAACCUAACAGCCCAUGAUGACAAUUUUGAAGAAAUUAAACUCAUGGCUUUGGCUUUGGAGGAAGGCUUUGAUCCUAUGGAAGUUUCUCAGCUCUUUGAAGAACCUGGCUCAGAUUUGGAACUGUCUUUGAAUUCAAGUCGCAGCACUACCUCUUACUCAGUCUGCAGUGAAGGUGCUGUUGGGUACAGCAGUGAUGUCAAAUCUGCUUCUUCACAUAGCCAUUGCCAAGAACACACUAAAUACGGCCAUGUGGGAUAUCCAGGUGCUUCAGAGUGUUCUAGAGAAGCCACACUUCAGCAGUUUCUUCAUACCACCACUUGUAAUCAGCUGCCAAGUCAAGCAGCAUCCACUCUGGAGCAUCAUCAACAGAUAUGGACAAAGAAACCAAACGAAGUAAAGGAUAGGUGCCAUAACUCUGCUGAUACAAAUGCUAGCAGCGAUGAAUGCCGUGCAAAAGCUCUGAGAAUACCAUUUUCAGUUGAUGAAAUUGUGAGCAUGCCCGUUGACUCUUUCAACACCAUGCUAGCAAAGAACCAUCUGACAGAUACUCAGGUAUCACUUCUACGUGACAUCAGACGAAGAGGAAAAAACAAGGUCGCUGCCCAAAAUUGUCGUAAACGCAAACUGAAUGCAAUUCUUAACUUGGAAGAAGACGUGUGUAAUCUUCAAACACAAAAGGAAAGCCUUAAAAAAGAGCAUUCCCAGUGUAGCAGAUCAAUCAGCCAGAUGAAGCAAAAGUUAAACAACUUGUACCGUGACAUUUUCAGUAGAUUGAGGGAUGACCAGGGUAGACCUGUUAACCCAUGCCAAUACAUCAUUCAUUGCAGUAGCGACGGCAGUGUUCUCAUAAUACCCAAACAUUUGGCCAAACCAGAACAGAAACAGGAUAACAAAAAAGAGCAGAAACAAAAAUAA